AUGGAGGCUGGGGCCCACACAGGCCCACGCAAUGGAAACUUCGCCCCACAACCAGCCGCCGAUAAGAUAAACGUGGAGAUUCUCCCCUUCAUCCGAACAUACCAAAGUGGCCGAAUCGACCGCCUGUAUCCAACCAGACCUGUCCCGCCCUCUGUCGAUUCCCGGACCGGCGUCUCCUCCCGAGACAUCACCAUCAACCCCGCCGCUCGUCUAAGCGCCCGUCUCUAUCUACCGCCCACAGCCAUCCUGUCCCGCUCUCCGCCAAAGAAACGUCCCGUCAUCGUGUAUUACCAUGGCGGCGGCUUCUGCACAUUUUCCGCCAUUUCUUCCCACUACCACUCUUAUCUCAAUUCCCUCGUCGCCGAGGCCGACAUCAUCGCCGUUUCGGUAGAUUACCGCCUCGCACCGGAGCACCCGCUCCCCGCCGCCUACGAAGACUCAUGGGAGGCGCUCCUCUGGGUUGCAGAACACGCCUACAAUAACAGCUUCGGUCUCGAUCUCCGCUUUGCGGAACAGGGAGACUUCAGCAAGAUCUUUCUCGCCGGCGAUAGCGCCGGAGCUAACAUAGUGCAUAACAUGGGGAUUAGGUUGGGGGAGAAUGGAAUGGAAGUGGAGGGGUUGGCUUUGGUACACCCGUACUUUUGGGGGAAGGGGAGUGUGGGGACAGAGAAGCAGGGGAGGUCGAUGCUCAAAGCAGAGGAUUUUGAUGCGUUGUGGCCGUUUGUGUGCCCAGGGACUGUCGGGCUUGAUGACCCGAGAGUGAACCCGAUGGCCGAUGGUGCACCGAGUCUUGCGGCACUGGGGAGUCGGCGGGUGAUGGUUUGUGUUUCCGAGAAGGAUUUGUUGAGGGAGAGAGGGAUGGCUUAUUAUGAGAGGUUGAGGGCAAGCGGGUGGGGGAGGGAAGCCGUCUUUUUUGAGAGCAAGGGAAAAGAUCAUGUGUUUCAUAUCUUUCAAAAGCCGGAUUUUGAGGCGAAGAAGUUGAUGCAGCGCCUGGUUAGCUUCUUCAAGGAGGAUAACAUGGAAGGAAGAUACUCGAUGCUUAUGGGAUCCGUGGGGAUUCAAGGCAUUGAGACUUCGAGGCAGUUACAGUUGUUCCAGACAGCUUGAAGCCAGUGUGGAUAGAAGGAGUAAUAAUUAGGUGUGAAUCAUAUAUGCAUGCCAACUUCAGUACAACAUAGUUGUAUUGGUUAUAUACAAUCAUGUUAUAGUGAAAUCCACAAAUAUAUAAAUUCCACACCUAAUAACUCUUCAGAUAGAAUGAGCUUUUAAAGGAGAUUUUAGGUAUAGAGCAUAACAAAUAUUCAAAACUAUAUAUCUCACUUUCCAAACUGCAAUAUUACAUACUAAGCACCUCAAAUAUAGCCCUUUCGUUACAUUAUAUCUUUGCCAUUCUCUAUACUUUGAAAGGUAAAAUCUUCUUCAUCAAUUCAACAAGCUUAGCAUUUAUAACAUGUGUCUCUCUGAAGCAACAAUGCAGCAUAUAUUCUCCACUCUCCUUCGUUCAUAGACUGCUAAAAACCACCCCCUUUCUUUGCAGCCCUUGAAGUCAUAUAUUCAAAACUUUACCUCUAUCUAAGUAGGUUUGUGCGUGUACGUGCUCAUAGUUCUGCCUUGUUUCUUCCUAUAUCUUGUGAUGAGCUCACCAUCUAGCAUGCUCUUUGUACCAGUGAUGAAUCGUCUUUCUAUUUUCUGACUAUGUAGACUUUAGGAGAUCUAAAAUUUUUCCCUUUUUUUGGGGACAUCUGGAAUGAUUAUGCUGUAAUGCUAAUGAAAUAUA